AAAAAUCACAGCGUAGGUUGCUGCUGGGUGCUGGCUGGCUUUUGCUGCUAACAUUGACAUGAACAACACAGUAACACACACUGCAAAAUGACUAAGGACCCUUCAUCGAUUUCGGAUCUUCUCUCUGACUAAAUCGAUUUAACUAAUUCGAGGAUUUUGGAUUUUAGUUACAACCCCCACCCCCAAACAACAAAGCUCAAGUUACUACUACUACUUCCUUAUCAAAAUCUGCUUUCAUGGCUGCUUCUGCUACGAUUCGCGUUUCUCGUUGUCGCUAAUUGUCUUCUCCUUCCCCCAUUUUCAUUGAAGCUGAUGAUAAAAGCAGCGUAGAUCUGUAAAUCUAUUCAUCGCAUUAUCUGCGUUUUGUGAGGAGGAGGAGGAGGAGGAGAAGAUGUUGUGUGCUUGUUCAGGCGAACAAUUCCGGUUCGAGGACCAGCCUGGCUCGCCGGAAUCCCUAGCUACAAGAGAUUUCUCAGCUAGUGGACUUUCUUCUCGAACUGCAGGAGGCGAUUGGGAUUCCAAACUCGAUGAUAUUCAAGUUGACGAAGCUGAAUCGACUCUAAAGGAAGCUCUCUCACUCAACUAUGAGGAAGCUAGGGCUUUGUUGGGGAGACUUGAAUAUCAGAGAGGUAAUUUUGAUGCAGCGCUUCAGGUGUUUAAGGGGAUUGAUAUUAAGGUCUUAACUCCAAGGAUAAUCAAAGCCAUUGUUGAGAGAACUCGUCCAUGUAAACCACGCUCCAAACCUCUUAUUGUGCCUCCCACCUCAAUGUCAAUGCAUUCUGUUAGUUUACUUCUUGAAGCAAUCUUGCUUAAAGCUAGAUCACUUGAGGAACUCGGCUCUUACAAAGAGGCUGCGGAGGAAUGCAAAAUAAUACUUGACGUGGUUGAAUCUGCAUUGCCAAGUGGCAUGCCUGAUGGUAUCAACGGAUUCUCUAAACUGCAGGACAUUUUUCAGAAGGCCCUCGAAUUGCUUCCUUUACUGUGGACUAAAGCAGGGAAUCAUCAUGAAACUAUUGCUUCAUAUCGCCGUGCUUUAUCCAGACCUUGGAAUUUGGAUCCCCAAAGGUUAGCUGUUACGCAGAAAUCCUUGGCUUUGAUUUUGCUGUACGGGAGUGUUGAGGCAUGCCCAAAAGACAACAUCGAGGAAGCAAUUGUGUUACUGAUGUUACUUGUAAAGAAGAUGGUGGUUGGGGACAUACAGUGGGAUCCAGAACUCAUGGAUCAUCUCACUUACGCUCUUUCAAUGACUGGGCAGUUUGAAGUGUUAGCGAACUAUCUAGAGCAGAUUCUUCCGGGUGUUUACACCCGUGGGGAGAGAUGGUACCUUCUCUCCCUUUGUUACAGUGCUGCAGGGAUUGAUAAAGCAGCCAUUAAUCUAUUAAAGAUGUCCCUAGGCCCUUCUGAAUCCAGACAGAUACCACACGUUCCUUGGUUAUUGUUUGGAGCAAAGCUGUGCUCUAAAGAUCCAAAACACUCAAGGGACGGCAUAAAUUUUGCUCAGAAGCUGCUCGACUUGGCAAACAAUCAGAGUGAACAUUUGUUCAGCCAAGCACACAGUUUCCUUGGUGUAUGCUAUGGAAACACUGCAAGAAGUUCCAAAUUAGACUCUGAACGGGUUUUCCUUCAGAAAAAGACUCUGUUAUCACUAAAUGAAGCAGCAAAGAGGGCCAAGGAUAAUCCGGAACCGGACAUUAUAUAUAACCUAAGCUUUGAGAAUGCAGUUCAAAGAAAUGUUCAGGCGGCUUUGGAUGGUGCGGUUGAGUAUUCUAGUAUGGUGGGAGGAGGUUCAACUAAAGGAUGGAAACAUUUAGCUUGUGUCCUUUCAGCGGAGAAACGGCUUAAGGAUGCUGAAUCUAUUCUGGACUUCACCAUGGAAGAGGCUGGUGACAUUGAAAAGUUAGAGCUUCUGAAGUUGAAAAUUGUGCUUCAGAUGGCUCAAGAACAACCUAAGCAGGCCUUGAAGACAUGCAGCAGCUUGCUGGGCCUAAUACGGGCGCAGGAUAAAUCUGAACAAUCUGAGAUUUUGCUUAAGAAAUGUGAAACGGAAGCUUGGCAAGAGCUGGCCUCCGUCUACGGAAAGCUAGGUUCAUGGUCAGAUGCAGAAACAUGUCUCGAGAAGGCAAGAUCCAUGUGCUAUUAUUCUCCCAGAGGCUGGAAUGAAACAGGUUUGUGUCUAGAAGCUAAAUCACUUCAUGAAGAAGCUCUAGUGUCCUUCUUCCUCUCGCUCUCAAUCGAUCCAGAUCACGUGCCCAGCAUUGUUUCUAUAGCAGAGGUUAUGAUGACAUCCGGAGGUGAAUCACUUCCAACCGCUAAAAGUUUCCUCAUGAAUGCCUUAAGAUUAGACCCGAGAAAUCAUGAUGCGUGGAUGAAGCUUGGGCACGUUGCCAAAAUGCAAGGUUUGUCACAGCAAGCUGCAGAAUUUUACCAAGCUGCAUAUGAACUAGAACUAUCGGCUCCAGUACAGAGUUUCACUUGACGUGCGGGCAAGCUAAGUGAAAACAGGCACUUCCUUAGGUAAAAGAAUACCACGAUUACUCACCGAUAGUAUUCAGUGUAAGAUCUGUUUGGAAACCAAGUCUCACCUCAUCUACGUUGCAUUGAUACUUGAUAGUAAGAUCUAAGCCGCAUAAUUCUAAUAGACCACCUAUUUUCUAUUGGGAACAAUUGCGUAUUGGCGGUUCCCUUACUCUGCAGCGAGACCUGCAACCUGGACCUAUACCGGUCCAGUACUUUGUUUGAUAAAUUUUGGAAGUUUUGUUUUUGGGAAGUAAACAAAAUUAUUAGUUACAUGACUAAACUGCUAAUAUAAGUGCGAUGAUAGAAAUAAAUCUUUCAGCCAUUUUUCU